ACUGGAACCCUGGAAGACGUUCCAAGGGAAUCUGAAGUGCCCUCUGGGGCACGGUCUGAAGUGCCCUCUGGGGCACGGUCUGAAGUCCCCUCUGGGGCACGGUUUUUUGGGGCCACUCACGUAUCCGAGGGAUACGUUGUGUUGGUUGGAGAAGAGGGGGCUGGACCCUCGCAGUCUCCUUCUGAGGUUUUGCUUUCGGUUUGGAACCGAAGCCGCGCAGCGCGUGUUAGUCUUAUUUAUAUUGGUCUGUCGUUCCUUGUUUUCUGUUUAACCGUUCUCCUCCUAGAAACAGCCAUGGGACAGACUGUCACCACCCCCUUGAGCCUCACGCUUAAACACUGGUCAGACGUAAAGACACGAGCCAACAACGAAGGAGUCGUAAUUAAGAAGAAAAAAUGGAUCACUCUUUGCGAGGCCGAUUGGGUUAGAAUGGAUGUAGGAUGGCCUCGUCAGGGAACCUUUAACCUCAGUCUUAUUUCACAGGUGGAGGGAAAAAUUUUUACUUCCAGUCCCCAUGGCCACCCGGACCAGGUCCCAUACAUUGCCAUGGGGAAACUCCUGACAACAGAACCUCCCCCAUGGGUUAAGCCGUUUCUCUUCCCCUCAGCCCCCCGGCAGCAGCAGCGCUCGCCGAAUCCCGGGGCCGAGGAAGCCAGAUCGGCAGAUCCCUCCCACUCCCUGUUCCUCCCUAACCCCACACCAGCAAGUCUUUUCCUCUCCGCGCGGGCCGCCACUCCGGCGCAGGCGGGUGUGGGAUAUGGGAACGCGCAGGCGGGCACGCAGGCGGGUGUGGGAUAUGGGAACGCGCAGGCAGGCGCGCAGGCGAGCGUGGGAUGUGGGAACGCGCAGGCGAACGCGCAGGCGGCUGCAGGUUGUGGUGCCGGCGCUCAGGCGGGGCCGGGGAUGGGAUCGGCGGGAGACUGCUCCCCGACCGGCGAAGGGCCACUACCGAGUGCACUUCCUCCACUGUGGCGGUGUGCUGGGACCGGCUCUGGGACGACUGGGGAGCCCUGAUUUGAGGAAGGGGGC